AUGGCCAAAGUUGAGGGCGCGCCAGCACACGGUGCUGUAGCCCACCUCCUACCACAAACGUACAAGCGAUUGGUCUCGGAAUGGCUCGAGGAGGACACACCGAGCUUCGAUUAUGGUGGCUUCGUUGUGGGCGAGGAAAUAUCUGAGGCGAAAUUGCUAGGGAAAAGUGAAGGCAUAGUUGCAGGCGUCCCCUUCUUCGAUGAAGUCUUCCGGCAACUGGGCUGCACUGUGGAAUGGCACGUCAAAGAAGGUGCCUCUUUCCAACCUGUAACUCACUGCGCCACGGUACGCGGCCCUGUCCGCCACCUCCUUCUCGGUGAGCGAGUGGCUCUCAAUACGCUCGCCCGUUGCUCCGGUAUCGCCACCAAGUCUAAUCGUCUACUUACCCUUCUACGUGGAGCUGGCUACCCAAAUAUUCUCGCCGGUACCAGGAAAACUACACCAGGUUUCCGACUCGUGGAAAAGUAUGGCAUGCUAGUGGGUGGUGUGGAUGCGCAUCGAGUUGACCUGAGCGCGAUGACGAUGCUGAAAGACAACCACAUCGUCGCUGCAGGAAGCAUCACCAACGCCGUAAGAGCUGCUAAAGCGGCGGGUGGUUUCGCAAUCAAAGUUGAAGUCGAAUGCCAAUCAUUCGACGAAGCAGAUGAGGCUAUCGCCGCUGGUGCUGACAUCGUCAUGUUGGACAACUUCACUCCUGAGGGUGUUCAGGUCGCUGCCAAAGACCUGAAAGACAAAUGGGGGCGAGGUACUGGAGAUAGGAAACAAUUCCUUGUCGAAGUAAGCGGUGGGCUUACGGAAUACAACGUCGAAAAGUAUGUCUGUGGGGAUAUUGACAUUGACAGACGCAAAGACAUGCGCUCAAGAAUACUCAUUACUACGGUGCUGGCCGCCCUGAGCAACGCCCACGAAGAUCACCAGAGUGAAGGCGGGCAGUACACACUGACCGACGACCUCACUUACAAAAAGUUCUUCUCCGCCUUUGACUUUUUCGACGGCCCAGAUCCAACCAAGGGUUUCGUCAAGUACCAGAACCAGGAGAAUGCGAUCAAGCAAGGUCUAGUUGGCUACCUCGAGGAUACACAGUCCGUGUUCAUGGGCGUUGAUUACACGACCAAGGACACUGCUGGCCGCGCUUCCGUUCGCCUUGAGAGCAAAAAAAGCUGGAACCAUGGCCUGCUCGUAGCGGACAUCCGCCAUAGAGGAGGAUCUGGUGUAGCCGGCGAUAUCGAAGCGGCACCAUUCACUGGUCUUAUGUCUACAGACGAUUGCGAUGUUGCUGCACCAGGUCAGCUCAAGAACGUCGGAUGCUCUAUUCAUGCUCCCGAAAUCAUGUCUGGUAUCCAAACUGGUGGUAGCGGUAACACUGACACCGGCGGUGCUGUGCCUCUUCCCUCGUACGGAACGGAAUUUAACAAAGCUCAAGGCGGUGUCUACGCUAUGGAAUGGAGCACCAUUGGAAUCUCGGUUUGGUUCUUUCCUCGUGAAUCUCACGGCUUCACUGAAAAUUUCUCUUCAAACACAACCCUUCCCGACCCAUCUCGCUGGGGCACACCUAUAGCCCACUUCAGCGGUUCCGGUUGCGACUUCUCUGAGCGCUUCCGAGAUCUUAAAAUCAUCUUUAAUAUCGCUUUUUGCGGUGAAUGGGCAGGCGCUGAGCGGGACAAGUCUUGUGCCAAAAAGACUGGGGUUGCAACCUGUAAUCAGUAUGUUCGCGAUAAUCCUGAGGUAUUUAAGGAGGCAUACUGGGAGGUUGCUGGGUUGAAAUGGUUCCAGAAGGGUGCUACGCAGAAGCGUGCUUAUACUCCGGUGACAAAUUUCAAGGCGCAAAGUGAGUAG